AUGGCCAAUAAUGUAUGGACGUCAUUUAUCCGCUGGUCUAUUGUGACAACUCUGACUCAUUAUGCCGUUAUUCACAAUACAGGGGUUAGUCGGAGACUUUUGAGGUACCGCACUCGCUAUUUGUCACUCUUAAAUUGUCUGCUUUCACCGCGCAAUAUGGCAAUGACUGUCAAAGUUGAUUCUUACAAGUACCUUUCAGGAUUUGGAAACCAUUUUUCUUCUGAAGCGCUAGAAGGCGCUCUACCGCAAGGUCAGAAUGCUCCCCAGAAAUGCCCUUACGGUCUAUACGCCGAGCAGCUAUCCGGAACGGCUUUUACAGUGGAUCGGCGACAUAACCAGCGCAGGUUGCGACAAGACGCAAGUCAAAGGGUAGCUGUGCACCAGGCUUGGCUCUACCGCAUCCGUCCUUCCGUAGCCCACUUGCCUUACGCUUUCUACAAAAAAAUUCACCCUAACUUUGCGUCUUCCGAAAUGCAAUAUAUCCCUAAUCAGCUGCGAUGGAGUCCGUUUCAGUUACCAGCAGACGACAGCCCGGUUGAUUUUCUUCAUGGUUUGGUGACGAUUGCAGGUGCCGGAGAUCCGACUGUGAAAAACGGCUUGGCAGUACAUAUCUAUGCUUGUAAUAAAAGUAUGGAGAAGAGGGCGAUGUAUAACUCUGACGGCGACUUUUUGAUUGUCCCUCAGACAGGAAGACUAGAUAUUACAACAGAGUUUGGUAAAAUGAUGGUGGAACCGUUGGAGAUAGUCGUGAUUCCAAGAGGAAUUAAAUUUUCCGUGCAUCUCCCACAAACACAUGCACGCGGAUAUAUUUUAGAAGUGUUUGGAGAUCACUUUGAAUUGCCCGACUUGGGGCCAAUAGGUGCAAAUGGCUUGGCGAAUCCGAGAGAUUUUUUAACUCCAGAAGCUGCAUUCGAGGAUAAAGACGAAACGUGGAAAAUAUUUAAUAAAUAUGCUGGGCAAUUGUUUAUAGCAAAUCAGGGUCAUUCUCCGUUCGAUGUAGUCGCGUGGCAUGGAAACUACGUUCCGUAUACGUAUGAUCUCAGGAAGUUCAAUGCCGUGAAUUCUGUAACGUUCGAUCAUAUGGAUCCAUCAAUAUUCACAGUCCUUACAUCCAAAUCUGCUUUUCCCGGCACAGCAAUAGCGGAUUUUGUCAUAUUCCCUCCGCGUUGGUCGGUACAGGAACAUACGUUUCGCCCUCCAUACUUUCACCGUAAUUGUAUGACUGAAUUCAUGGGUUUAAUUACUGGUCAAUAUGAAGCUAAGGCUAAAGGAUUUCUACCCGGUGGUGCAAGCCACAUGACUCCUCAUGGCCCAGAUGCUGAUACUUUUGAAAAGGCAAGUAAUGAGAAACUGGUACCUGCUCGCGUUGCUGAUAAUACAAUGGCGUUUAUGUUUGAAUCUUCUUUGAUGCUCGGAACAACACCAUGGGCAUUAUCGACGGAAGUAUUACAAUCCGAUUACGAACAAAUAUGGAGUGGAUUGAAGAGUCAUUUCAGGACGAACAAGUGA